AUGUUCAUGUUCAUAUUCAUGUUCAUGUUCAUGUUCAUGUUUAUAUUCAUGUUCAUGUUCAUGUUUAUAUUCAUGUUUAUAUUCAUGUUCGUGUUCGUGUUCGUGUUCGUGUUUAUAUUCAUGUUCAUGUUCGUGUUUAUAUUCAUGUUUAUAUUCAUGUUCAUGUUCAUGUUUAUAUUCAUGUUCAUGUUCAUGUUUAUAUUCAUGUUCGUGUUCGUGUUCGUGUUUAUAUUCAUGUUCAUGUUCGUGUUUAUAUUCAUGUUUAUAUUCAUGUUCGUGUUCGUGUUCGUGUUUAUAUUCAUGUUCAUGUUCGUGUUCGUGUUUAUAUUCAUGUUCAUGUUCAUGUUCGUGUUUAUAUUCAUGUUCAUGUUCGUGUUUAUAUUCAUGUUCAUGUUCAUGUUCGUGUUUAUAUUCAUGUUCAUGUUCGUGUUUAUAUUCAUGUUCAUGUUCGUGUUUAUAUUCAUGUUCAUGUUUGUGUUUAUAUUCAUGUUCGUGUUCGUGUUUAUAUUCAUGUUCAUGUUCGUGUUUAUAUUCAUGUUCAUGUUCGUGUUUAUAUUCAUGUUCAUGUUCAUGUUUGUGUUUAUAUUCAUGUUCGUGUUUGUGUUUAUAUUCAUGUUCAUGUUCGUGUUUAUAUUCAUGUUCAUGUUUGUGUUUAUAUUCAUGUUCAUGUUCAUGUUCGUGUUUAUAUUCAUGUUCAUGUUCAUGUUUAUAUUCAUGUUCAUGUUCGUGUUUAUAUUCAUGUUCAUGUUUGUGUUUAUAUUCAUGUUCAUGUUCAUGUUCGUGUUUAUAUUCAUGUUCAUGUUCAUGUUCGUGUUUAUAUUCAUGUUCGUGUUUGUGUUUAUAUUCAUGUUCAUGUUCGUGUUUAUAUUCAUGUACAUGUUCGUGUUUAUAUUCAUGUUCAUGUUUGUGUUUAUAUUCAUGUUCAUGUUCAUGUUCGUGUUUAUAUUCAUGUUCAUGUUCGUGUUUAUAUUCAUGUUCAUGUUCAUGUUCAUGUUUGUGUUUAUAUUCAUGUUCAUGUUCGUGUUUAUAUUCAUGUUCGUGUUCGUGUUUAUAUUCAUGUUCAUGUUCGUGUUUAUAUUCAUGUUCAUGUUCGUGUUUAUAUUCAUGUUCAUGUUCAUGUUCGUGUUUAUAUUCAUGUUUGUGUUUGUGUUUAUAUUCAUGUUCAUGUUCGUGUUUAUAUUCAUGUUCAUGUUUGUGUUCAUAUUCAUGUUCAUGUUCAUGUUCGUGUUUAUAUUCAUGUUCAUGUUCACAAAGUAA